AUGCAUUCAUCACACACGCGCGGCAAGUCGAGUCAUGCAAGUGUACAGUGAAACAUCGAGUUAUGCCCAUUGUUUUUCGAUGUUGUAAUAUUACACGGUUAGUCCAUCAGAAUAAUAAACUAUAGUAAUGGCAGGUGAUCAACCCCUCCUGGGGUUCAAUAUAUACCAUGAUGCAGAGGAACACAUCCGGCAAUUCCUCCACGAGUUUGAAUCCAGGCACAUGAAGUAUCUGGAAGAGGUGCUGAUGACUGCCAAAGAGAAUUUUGGAAGGGAUGAUGCCAUAUUCCUACCGAAGACCCCUGCUGUCAAAAAUAGAACACGUAAAGGUCGACGUGUUGCCCGUAGGAGUUCAGUUGAGGAAAUCAUACCACCUAAGAGAAGUCGCGCUUCAGCCCGGCAGGCUUCCAAACGUCAGUCAUCACAAUCCAUGUCAGAGUUCCACAAGGAAGCCCUCAAGAAUGCUGCCGAGAGGAGCCCACCCAUCGCCACACCUCCACGCAAGAAGAUCAAAGAAGAGAUCCUGUCUCCUGUCAAUGCUGCUGUUGAAACAAACUGUGCACCUGAACCCCUCUCAGCAACGGUCAAGGAAGAAGUUGUUGAAGCGAUGGACAUGGAAACGAUAAAAGAAUCAUCACCGGUCAAACUGUCCAGAGCAACAAGAGCGUCAUUGACUGUUAAGGAAGAGGUUGAUAAGGCCAAAGAACUUGCACCGGAAAAGGAGUCGCCACCGGUCCACCCAUCAGAAGCAAAAGAACCUUCUUUGACCGUCAAGGAAGAGGUUAUUGAACCAGAAAAUACACAAGAAGAGGCUUCACCACCAGCAAAAAGGUUGCGAGCAACAAGAGCUUCAACAAGGGCUUCAACGGCUAGAACCGCAGCCAAGCAAGGACCAAAGAGUAGAACCGUUGCAAAGAAAGGAAGGGGGUCGAAGAAGAAAAGCAGUACAGAGGCAGAGUCUUCACAAAAUGAAAGUGAUGCAUCCACAAUGGAGAAAGAUGCAACAGGUAAAGCUGAAAAGACUGUACCUCCUCCGGUGAAGGCGAAGACAGUGCGUGCUUCUACUAGAGCGGCUACACGCACUGCAACAACGGUACGUCAGUCCGCACGCAGCAGACUCGUACAGAAUGUCACCCAGUCUCCUGUUACAUCAACGCCAGGUUCUGUACGUGGGAAGAGGUUAUGCAGCAAGGUGGCUGGCACUCCUAAGACACCUUCUACACCAGGUGCAUCUCGCUACAAGGACCAUGUAAAGCGCCUCGUCCAGCUCCAUGAAACAGAAAUUGCUAAGGUGCAUACUGCUGAGGAAGCAAGUUCACCCAAACGGCCCAGACUGGGCCAUGCUCCGUGCAGCCCUAAGACCCCCAAGGCACCAACCUCUGCAGCCUCUAAAAGUCCCUUCCACAGCAGUCCAAUCCUCAGUCUCAAAGUCUGCUCCAAAGCUAAAGUCCCUAAGGAAAAACCGGUGCAGAAGAAGGCUCAGUCUGAGGUGAAAGCUAAGGCUGUCCUCGGUGAAGAGAAGGCCAAGGAGGUCUCAGCAUUCUUCUCUAGCCUAACCGAUAAAGUUGCCAAGGUCGGCCCUCCUGCUGAAACUGGGGAACCAGAGAUUUCAGAGACUUCUCAGCCAACGCAGGAUGCUGGGGCAGUCUUACCUGUAGACACUCCUACCAAAGAGAUCCUCAAGGACAAUCAUCGGUCAGAUGAUGAUGACGAUAAACCUGAUCCUGUUGCUGCAGCAAAUGACACAGCCCUCUCUCAGGACUCCCUCGAGGGUUCUCCACCAAGGAGAAGAAGUGUAAGACAAUCCAUUCGACGAUCCGGUCGGCGAUCCUCCAUGGCUGUGAGUGAUUCCAAGUCCAGGUCAUCAACAUACCUACGUAUGCAUUUGGGAAGACAGUCUACAUGUAGUAAGAGGAGGUCAAGCGCCAGGCUUUCCAAGCGUCUUUCAAUGGCUGUUCAUCAAAUGGAUCGAGAUUCCCUGGAACCGACCGUCGAGGAAGAAACCAUCGAAGAACCACCAGCGGUCAGGAAGAGUCCCAGGUUCAAUGCUCAAGCAGAUGAAAAGAAUACAUCCAUUGGUAGUACAGGAUCCAGUUCCUCUAGCUGUGGUUCAGAUGAUAUCAUUGAUAAGACCCCAUCACCAGAGUGCCCUCGCUCUAAGGUGGUUCGUCCUCAUCCCAAAUCAUUCCUAAACACACUGAAUGCAGGAAAGAAAAAGAAACCAGUCACCAUUGGUACACCUCAGUCCGGAGGCAUCGUCACGUCAUUCAUUCAAAGAAAUACACCGCAGAAGAAAACUUUUAUGGAGCAGCAAAAAGAAAGGAAAGCACAACUGCUGGAGAAACAAAAGAAAGAGGAGAGCAUAAAGAAAAGGUUAAUCGAAGAGAGACGGAAGAAUCUUGCAGAUCAGAAAAGACUAAGAGAUGAAAGGAUGAAGAGGGCUAAGGAGACCAGGGCCCAACAAGAGCAAGAGAAGGCGCAGAGGAACCAGAAGAUGCAAGAAAGGGAGGAGCAGAAACAGACCCUCACAGAGAAGCAGAAAGAAGAACGAAAGAGGGAUGAAGAACAGAGAAUGAAGGUAUAUGAAAAGAAGAAGAUUGAAGCGGAGGAGAGGAGAAAACAGGAGAUGGAGGCUAAACUGAGGAAAAUAAAAGAACAGGAAGAGGAGAAGCGUCGUCAUCAGCACCUGAUGGAUCGCAAGAGAGAGUACGAGGAGCUGGAGAGGCAGCGUCGAGCCGAGGAGCAGAGACAACAGGCAGAGCAGCUCCGAUUGAAGCAGGAAAGACUCCGACAGGAGGAGCUGGCCAAGAAGAGAGAACAGCAGAGACUCCGGGAAGAGAGAGAGAAGGAGCGUAAGGAGCUGGAGAGAAGGAGACAGCUGGAGGCGGAGCAGAGGGAGAAAGAGAGAAAAGCCAUGAAGGAGGAGGCGGAGAGACAACGGAAAAUAGCUGCCGAGAAAGCGCUCAGAGAAAAACAGAGAAAAGAGCAGGAGAUGAUGGAGAAGGAGAAGGCCAAGAAGGAGCACGAUAGGCUGAAAGCAAACAUUCUCAAACAGAACACGUCCAUCAACCAGCAACAUAACACUAGCGCCCUCAAUUCUACCUUCAACAAGGAGAAGGUGGAGAACUCCCCGCAGUCGUACGACCUGACGCCACAAAGGAUCUAUGUGGCAGCCUCAGCCGAUAACUAUGGUAUUGAUGAUCUUCAUAGCGAUGACAGCAGCGAUGAUGAAGAAGCACCAAGGAAGAAGAUACCGAGCUGGGCUCAAGGUGGAGCUUUGAAGAUAGCACUCAUUAACCAGCACAACCAUCCUCCCGACUUCCAAUCUCUGUUCCCCAUCGUUGAACCUCCCGACCUCAGCGUCAUGUUCGUCAAAAAGAGGGCGCGCUUCACCAAACGUACGAGCUCGGCUGUCUGGAACUCCCCCAUCAUGCACCACCUCAGAUGAUGAGGAUGAGAACGAUCCUUAAAUUGGCAAUGAUCCCUCAAAUUGGCAACCAUCCUAGAGCCUGCGGAUGAUCUAAUCUAUCAAAACUGUUAUGUGAGUUAUGCAGGCUACACUCAAAUGUAACUCAGUAAAACUAUGGUUUGCAGAAAUCUUAUACUUGUUUUUGCAGUGUUUUGUACUUCUGCAAAAAAAAUAAAAAUACUGUAGGCUUUCUGGAUUGUUUCAUGAAACAUCUUGACAGUGAUUCUCACUGACAAAUUUGCUCUGAGCCAAUCAGAUGCAAGGAUUUCAGUAGCUUAUAACAAGGAGUCAGUGAAAAAUCACUGAAUAUGUGUUUCAUGAAAAUGCUCCCAGAGUGAGUCCAUUUGAGUCGCAUCUGUUUGAAAUCAGAUAAAUCUGUUAAUAGUAGAUAUUCUAUUUGGAAGAGCCUUGUACUGCUAAUAUCAGAUUUUUCAUUAUCUUGGGGACUGUUCCACAAAGAAUUGCAACUAUUGUAGCUUUGCCAUUGUGGCAGCCACCAUGGUAAACUUGAGAAGCUACAGUAGUGGUCAUCCUUCAUGAAAUGGUCCAUAGGUCCGAGAACCCAUUUCAGUCAACACAGUGGCGGAUAGAGGAUUUCAAACCAGAGGGUGCGCAAAGGAAAAAUUGGAAGUUGACAUUUUCUUAGCUGUAGCUAUAUCAUAAUGUAUAUCAGUCGGUUAUUUUGAAGGUAUUUACGGGGCGCAUGUCCCAUAUAUGACCAUGCCUGAAUCUGACACUACUUGUUACAGGUUGACUUAUCAUGCAUACUUAAAUGUGCUUGCUCUUGUUUAUACACAGAUGCCCAAAAAGUUAUGCUCUGGCUAUAGAUUUAUGUACAUAUUGUAUAGCUGUUAUUGUAUAUAAGAAAUGUGUUUGUAAACUUGUGUGGAAUCAAAAGUAGUAAGUCGUGGGGGAAGCCUCGAGUGCUUUAUGAAAUUUUAGUUAGUCUUUUCGAGGAAGUAUUCUGAAUGGUAAGAAUUAUGACUAAAUGGGAGCCUAUAUACAUCCUGUUUGUAAGGGAAGCAAACAAAAUUAUUCUUCGUAGAAUUAGGCUAUAAAAGUUUUAUCAUUCUAUUUUGUAUGUAGAGAAUUAAUGUAUUAGAUGUGUAUUCAUACUAUGGAAAGCUUUUGUGAUUUUUUUUACUUUAAAAGUUUGUAAGGGGGGGGGGGGCUCCUCAAUAUAUAGGGCCCUCAGACCUCACUUACCCCUUUACCCCUCCUGAUAUUUUUUGUCUGUGAUGUUUAUUGUUGGGUUGUCUAUAUUACUUGGUGAGCAAGUUUUUUAAAUUAAUUUUUCACAGAUAUCAGAUUAUGUAGACUUUUGAAAUUUUUAAUCUCACAAGUCUCCAAAACUAGGAAUUCAAUUUUUCUGUAAGUCCUCCAUGGACACAUAUAUACAGUAGAACUUGUGUUCUUUGUCAGUUGAAAUUUCUGUCCAUCUGAACUUUGUUCAAUAAAAAUGAAAAGAUGAACCAUGGAUUAUCAUGCCUUUAGUCUUUCAGCUGGCCUGUUUUAAUCCUAUAUAUUAUUCCAAACCCUAAACAACAUGAAAUUAAUUGAUUUUAACCAGUAAAAUGAAAAAUAAUGCAUUUAUGAAUUUUGACUAAAAGCCAAAUUUGCUUCGGAUAUGUACAUAAAAAUCACUUUUUUGAGCAAACUGGGGGCCGACAUGCACUUAAAAUUUCAAUGUGUUCCUCGGAAAUCAAAGCCAUUUGAUAAAGCACCUCAGAUUAUGCAAUGAAAGAGGAAAUUAUGACAGUUGCCAUGGUAACAGGGCUCAGCAGCCAAUCAGAAUUCUGCUUUCCAUUAUAGUAACCAUAAUUGUACAUCUUUUUAUAUAUUGUGAGCUAUAACACUUGUGUCCAAUCUAGGGGAGUGUUUCAGGGGAGCAUCCUGUCAAUUUGCUCUCAGCCAAUCAGAUGCAAGGAUUUCAGUGGCUUUUAACAAAAUGUGUUUCAUGAAAUCCUCCCUGGGUCUUUGUUUCAGGCAGCGUUAUUAAUAAAGGCACAAGACAAAACUUGAGAGAGUUCAUUUGAUGUAUGUAUAUAUAAAAUCCACUUGUUGAUGA